AUGUUCGCGCUCAGGAAGACUGCUGACAUGUACGAAGACGCAGAAGGAAAAGAAGCAGCCGAGUUUGUGAGAAAGAAUUUUUACAUUGAUGAUGGUCUGACCUCUGUUGACAGUGAAGAUGAAGCCAUCGACCUGAUCGACUCAACUCGGAAAAUGUGUACCCGUGGCGGGUUCACCCUCCACAAGCUGCUCUCCAACAGCGUGAAGGUGCUGGAGUCGGUGUCACCCGAGAGCCGCUGCUCAGAGCUGCAGAGUCUCGAUGUUGGCACGGUGUGUCUGCCAGUCCAGCGAGCUCUGGGUGUCGAGUGGGACACCGAGACAGAUGUUCUGCAGUUCAGUGUACAACCCUGCAAGAAGCCAUCGACGAGAAGGGGGAUCUUGUCCACAGUAAGCUCAGUGUUCGAUCCCCUAGGCUUUGUCUCGCCUUUCAUCCUCAGGGGUAAGCAGAUCGUGAAGGAGCUCUGCCGCGACGGUAUCGGUUGGGACGAUCCCGUUCCAGAUGAUAUCCUGACGCGCUGGGGCGACUGGACUUCUCAGCUCGAGGCACUGUCGUCACUGCGCAUCCCAAGGUGCUACAGGACGAGCGACUUCGGCCUCGUGAAGCGGACAGAGCUACAUCACUUCUCAGACGCCUGUACGCACGGCUAUGGGCAGUGCAGCUACCUGCGUCUCAUUGAUGAGCAGGAUCGGGUCUGCUGCAGGCUCGUGAUGAGCAAGGCCCGAGUCACUCCCUCAAAACCCGUGACGGUGCCCAGACUCGAGCUCACUGCUGCCCUGACCUCGGUCCAGGUGAGCUGCUUUCUCCGAGAAGAGCUGGACAUCGAGGACCUGGCAGAGUACUUCUGA